AUGAGUGUUAGUAUUGAUCCUCUUCACAAAAUCUUUCCAUGGAAGGAAACUUGGAGUAUUGAGGCUAAGAUCUUGACCAUUUGGGAAGAUGCUUUCAUUGUUAAUGAAAAUAUGCAGAAACUGUUACAUGUAAUCUUGAUGGAUAAGCAGCACAAUAAGGUCCAAGCAACUGUUGAGGAUGAUUUGAUCAAAACUUUUGUUCAUCAGUUAAAAGAAGGACAUGUAUGCAUUAUUUCUGACUUCAAAGUGAUACCUAAUGGUGGAUUGGUUAGGGUUACAAGACAUCGAUUCCAGAUCCUUUUCAAGUGUAGUACUUCUGUUGUUGCAGCUCCGAAUAAAGUCAUACCUAAUCCUGGUUUAAGUUUAACCUCUAUGGACGAGAUUCUUCAAAAGCGCACUGAUUAUGAGUACUUAAUAGAUUUUGUUGGGAUGCUGUGCGGAUUGAAAAGGAAAGUGGAUGUUGAGUGUAAUGGAAAGAUAUUGAAAGUUAUUGUGCUUGAGGUUUUUGCUGAUAGGAAGAAAAUACCCUGCAGUCUUGUUGGUGACUGUUCUGCUCUUAUAGACAUCAGUAGUUUGCAAAAGUAUCAGAGACCGCCAGUUCUUAUUUUGCAAUCUUUCAAGAUCAAAAUCAUUGGAGAUAAAGUUAGCCUCCAAAAUGUGAUCAAUGUUUCUCGGGUUUCAAUCAACCCUGAUAUGCAAGAAACUGUGAAUUUUCUCAAUCAAUACCAUAUCGCAAGUCACCAUUUCAGUAGACUACAUAGUAAUCAGAUUGGGGAUUUGGUAUUUGUAAUUGAUGAUGAAUCUUUUGACUGGAAACUAAUACGGACUAUUGCUAAUCUCAAGGGAAACAAUGAGGAUGGACAAUUCUUUGUGGUUGGAAAAAUUAAAGAGAUUGUUGAAGAUCCAGAGUGGUGGGUCUUUUCUUGUGUUUGUGGUCAUGCAAUUGUAGGUGAUGAUAAUGUGUUUCAUUGUCAGCUCUGCGGUAGAGAGGUCCAGCAUUUUAUGAUCAAUUAUAGGAUUAAGAUACUUGUUGAAGAUGGGACUUCUUGUGGAAUGUUUGUCUUGUUAGACAGUGCAGCCACUAAGUUAUUAGGGAGAACCUGUUCUGAUGUGUUUUUGUUGUUAGAAGAUGAACAGGAGGAUGUUAGUUCUGAUUCGGCCUUUAGCCCAAUAGUUGAAGACUUCUCUCAGUGUGGACAUCUUAGAAGUUAUGACAACCAACUCAUAUAUGGUGUUCCAAUACAACUGCAUAGCAUUAAAGAGAUGCUUGCUGACAUUCUUUGUGCUAAAAUAUAUUCUUCUGCAUCAAGAAAUGAUCAGAUUUGUAUUUUGAUCGGUGAAAUUAUUGAUGUGCUGAAACAUCAGAAGUGGUGGUACUAUUGUUGUUUGUGUAAUGCACCUGUUUCUCAUGUUGGGAAUUUAUUUUAUUGUUAUCUGUGUAAAGUUGAGUGUUUUGAUGUCAUAAGAAGGUAUCGCAUCAAAAUUAUUGUUUCCCAUUCAAAUGGGAACAAUAUUUUCAUACUUGAGGAUGAUGAGGUGAUGCAAAUACUGAAAAAGAGUUGCUCAGAUUUUUUGAUGGACGAAGGAAAUUCGUCCCAAUCAACGGAUGAUUACACUGUUCCGAAUAGCAUGAUUUCUCAGUUGAUGAACAAGAAAAUUGUCUUCAUAGUGGAUCCUAGACCCAUUGGAUAUGAUUUGAAUAAAUCUCUUCAUGUUGUUCAUGCAAUAUGUGAUGAUAUUGAUAUUGUGAGCUUUUUAGAGGACUCCAUCCAUGAUAAUCAACAGCAGGUGAAAUUUCUUAUGGAUCCCUUUGUUCCUCAUUUUCCUUUCGAAUUUAAGAAUCCAGUUGAGUUUCACUCCAAUGCAACCGUUCAAUGUUCGUCGAGCUCAGGUGCUCCAAUGCAUGAUGCUUCACCGAUUUCCGUUCUGAACUGGAAUUGUUGGACUGUUAACCAUGAUUUUCAUGCAAGAAUCUGCUCCUCACAAGGUUCCAAUUUAGUUGGCAAUCAUCAGCCUCUCACUAUUAGGGAGGAGCUUCGGAGGGCCUUUGGACAUUGUGAAAAUACUAGCGAUGCUGUGGAAAGGAUGGAUGAGUGUAGUGGCUAA